GAGAAUGACCCUCGACUUUAUUUACAAUCGUUUCUUCUAUUUUGAUAUUAAAAAUGGGAUGAUCCUAUAGGAAUUGGCAGUGAGUUUGAAAUAAUCGGAAUAUUUAUGCUAAGCUCAGCCUUCCAGCAGCGACAAUGUCUUCAAAUGUCAAAAUAAUAACAUAGUGACAAUGAGUUUUGGCUGUGACGUUUUUGUUCCGGGUCCUAGGGGGUUGGGGAAGGGAAAAAAAUCCAGAAUGGCGUCGACUGCUUUACCUUAACUUUCGUAUGGAAUGGAUGGAUGUGUUGGGUUGGCCGUGCAAAAGUUUGAUGCCUGAGAGAGAAUCUGGCUGUAAAUGGUUGAAUGUGAUGAACUCUAGAGUCAGGUUUUGUAAUUAGAGAGUGUGCAAAGUGUGGAAUUGAGAGUGUUGUGUGUGUGUUUCUUUCCGAGUGUAAAAAAAAAUCGGCUUCUUCUCUCCCCUCCUCCUUCCUGGUCCCAGUUGUGUACAGCUAGAGUCGGCGUCGAUGGAAACGAUAGCAUUCAUUCCCCGUUUGCGAUGAUCAUAUGCCCGUACGAUUGGUUGUUGUAAAAGUCGUGAGUAUCUCGUCAGUUUAUUUAGUCGCCCGAAAAUGAGCUGCAGCUACAUUCAAGUUGCUGAGGAUGAGACUGAGGAGCCCAUAGAAUUACCCACUGAGGAUGACAGUGCGCUAUUGCUCAGCACCUUGGCUGCCCAAUUUCCAGGUGUUUCGGGCCUCAAGUACAGAGCCCCAGAAUCUCGCUCAAUGAGAGGUGUCAGACUUCUAGAAGGAAGGUUCCAGCCGCCAGAGGAUGGCUGGGGGAACCACGUCUACAUAUGUGUUUUCCCCAAAGAAAACAAACGCAAGUCAGAUGACCAUCCAGAAAACUCCACAGCCAAAACCAAACGGAUGGAAAUGAGGCUCAAGUGCUCUGACCUCAUUGUGCUUGGAUUGCCAUGGAAAACAUCCGAGCAGGACUUGAGGGUAUAUUUUGAAAACUUUGGUGAACUUUUGAUGGCACAGGUCAAGAAGGAUGCAAAAACUGGCCAGAGCAAAGGUUUCGGCUUCAUACGAUUCGCCAAUUACGAUUCUCAAGUCCGCGUCCUUUCUCAGCGGCACCUUAUCGACGGCCGAUGGUGUGACGUGAAAAUUCCCAACUCGAAAGCGGGUGGCACCCCGCAGGUCCCGUGCAAAGUAUUCGUCGGCCGGUGCACGGAGGACAUCACGGCGGACGACCUGCGCGACUAUUUCUGCAAAUAUGGCGAAGUGACGGACGUGUUUAUUCCCAAGCCAUUCCGGGCGUUUUCGUUUGUCACCUUCCUGGAUCCCGAAGUGGCCCAGUCGCUCUGCGGAGAGGAUCAUAUCAUCAAAGCAGGUACGUCGGUGCACGUAAGCAACGCCGCACCCAAGACGGACAUUUCUUCGCGCUACACGACCUAUCAGCAGCCUCCUGCCCACCAUCAACACCAUGCUCACCAUCAGCAACAGCAGCAUCAUCAUCAGCAGCACCACCAUCAGCAACAGCAUCACCAUCACGCUCAGCAGCAGCAGCAACAGCACCACCAUCAUCACCAUCACCACGCCCAGCAGCAGCAGCAACAGCAGCAGCAGUACGGCCACCAGCACCAACAGCAUCACACUCCGCCACACAGUCACGGAAUGGGACCGCCGGGUCCGUCCAGAGGACCGCCAGCUAUUCCCUACACCGGAGUGCUCCGUGGCCCAGGCAUAGGAGGAGACGGAAUGACGUCUAAAGGGGGUCCAUGGGGUGCAGCUGUAGGUCCGGGUGGGGCGUCGGCCGCUGCGACGGUCAACCCGUACCACCACCAAGGACCUAAUCCGUUUCACCAAGGUGCUGCACCCGGUACUAACUCGGACUGGUGGCAUUCGAGUGGAGGUGGACCGUCUCCCUAUCAGCCGUCAUCCGUCGGAGGAGCUUGGAGCGGCCAGCCGCCGCCUCAUCAACACAACAAUCGACCGCAUACCGAACUGCCCAAUUUGGCCGCUCUCGGCUCGUCUCUGGGACUGACUGGAGCCACGGCAGGUAGUCCGGCCCCGCCGGGCGCCGCCCAGCUGGGAAUGGGGACCCUUAAUUUGGGAGCUCUUCCGGGCGGAUCGGCUUUAGUCGCCGCUCUCAGCUCGGCCGCCAUGAACUCGGCCGCUCUGAACACGGCCGCCAAUUGGAGCGGCUUGUUCAACAGCUUGCAGGGACCACAGGCUCCUCCCCCUCAACAACAACAGCAACAACAACCGCAGGAUGGAUCCGGGGGACCGGGUAGUUAUCCGACAACUCAACAGCAUCAACAACACCAGCAACAUCAAGCCAUGGUCUCGGUCGGCAUGCCCUUACCGGCUCCUAACAACGGUCCCGGCGGAGGAGCUUCGGGACUGCUCGGAUGGGGUGAAAGUCCCGGUCCAGUGACUGUAGCUACACCCAGUGGCGUCCAGCAACAACAGCAACAGCCCCAACAGACCGGCACCCCACAGUCGCAGCAACAACAGCAACAACAACAACAGGCUCCUUGGGGCCAGAGGCAACAGCAAGAAGGUCCGGGUCCCAAAGGACCUCCCUACAACAUGAAAUACGAUUAAUCAAGAGGCAGAAGAAGACGACCAUUUCAAAAUGAAACCAAAAGAAGAAGAAAACAAAAACAGUGCGAAUAUGACGGAGGGACAUUUCAAAAGGCUCUGAUUUACGCGCCAAAAUGUGAUCAUGAAAUCUGAAUGUGCGAGAGCGAGUUUGUACGUGUCGGUUGGCCGCCCGAAUUAGCGAGAGAGUCUGAUGUGGACUGAAAGAGAAAGCGAAAACUUUUCUUUGACUGACUGAAAGUGAAUUCAAUCGAGAGAGAGAAAAAGAGAAACAAAUAAGGAAAGGUUUGAUUGAUUUUGAUUGAUUGUGUGGUUACGUAUCCUGUGUGCGUCUAAAUAUUUCUAUCUCCGCCAUUUUUUUUUCUCGUGGCAAAAGAAAAGAAGAAUUUGUUUUUUAAAAAGUUGCGGUUGGUGUUUGGUUUAGAAUUUCCCCCUCCCUCCCCUAUUUUUUCCUUUUGCUUCCGCCAAUUUCUAUAGGGUCUGUUACUUCACGUUGGACUUUUUUUUUUGUAUUGAUCCUGUUGAAGGACUGGAAAAAAUUCAAAUUUUGAUAAGGGGGGUGGGGAGAUAUUAUUAGUUGCGUGUGUAUGUGUGAGUGUGUUAAUCUUUUGAUUUAGAUCGUUUCUUCUUCCUUGCAACAAAAAAACGCGUUUGCUUGGGCUUGAUUUUUAAUUGUUUCUUUCCUUUUUUUUUUAAACCAAACCUUAAAUCAAGAUAGAAAUUACGUGAGUGAAUGUAGAAUUUUUUUUUUUUCAGCCUUCUUCCGGUUCCGGUGUUCCUUCUUUCUAAAUUUCCCUUUUUUUUUCGGCGGGGGAGGGAAGCUUCUAAAUUCUCUCGUGUCCGGGUGGUUUUUAAAAAAAUAUAGUCGUGAAAUGAAUUAAUCACCCAACCCUCCCCCCUAAGGACAUUCUGAACUCGCUGGUAGUUUAAGGAUCAUCAUCUAUCUCUCUCUCUCUCCUUCUCACACACACACUUUAUAAAAUUGGGGUCCCCAUUUUUCUUUGAUUGGCUUUGACAUUUUCACGGGAAAGUUUUUUUUUUUCAGUUUUUUCUUUUGGUUUCUGUGUGCGCGUGCUUGUUAGAAUUUGGAAACAAAAAUUUAGCCCCCGCCACCGCGAAAAAUUCGGUAGAAUGAAGGGAGAGAGAGAGAGACAUUGACAUUAACUAAUUUUGUAUGUGACUCGUGUGUGUGUGUGUGUUUGUGCGUGUACUUGUGUGUAUAAAAACCAACAAAACAAAAGAAAAAAAGCAAAACAAAUUAUCUAGGCUACAACAAACAAAACUAAAAACGUUAAACGGGGUGUGACGUCAGAGUCGAUGUGCUUUGCAGGUGCGAUUGCAUAAAACAUGAAAGAGAGAGAGAGAGAGAGAGAUUUUUAUUUAUUCUGCGCAAAUAACGAAACGAUUCAAAAAUUGAAAAGAGCAUUUAUUUAAAAUAAAGAGUUGGGAGGAGAAACGGAAUGGCGUCAAGUGAAACCAAAAUUGACAGUUCGCCGUGUGAUUGGGUUCGAAGAGGAAAAAUAAUCAAGUCGUCGUCAUCGCCCAGGAUUGUAAUUAAAUUCUCUUUUUUUUUUUAAAAAAUUUCCUCGCGUGUGUUUGUGUGUGUGUGUGUGUUUAUACUCCCCCAUUUUUUCGGUUUUUGUGUGUGUGGCAUGUUUGGCUCUUUUUCUUUUGACUGCCCAUCUUCUUUCUGUUUGGUUAUAUAUAGUUCUCUCUUUCUCUCUUUGAUGGGCGACAUCGCAGUGUGUGUGUCUUUGUUGAUUGUGUGUUAAACGAUCCUCCCCGGGAACCACACCAUAAAUUUGUCUUUUUUUAAAUGUCAAAUGAAGAAGGGAGCCAGAGACGUUAUAAUACCGCAGAAAAUGAUGGUAGCGACAAACAUCUGUGGCGCACCAUUUAUACCCACCACCAGAAAAUAAUGAAAUAAAAUCAACAAAAAAAACAAAAAAGAGUCCCCCCCCCUCCUCCCCCCAAAAAAUCUUCUCUUUCGUGUCACUAUAUAUCUAUAUUGCAAUACACACCAUUUCGUCACACGUCAA